UAAAUUAACUUUUGUUAGAAAUAUAACAUGAUUGAUCGUUUAAUUUGCAAAUUAUUAAAAUAUUAGGUUUUUCUGUACACAUACUUAAUUACCUUUUUGAAAGGUCUUCGUAAUGAAGCUUUUUAGGCGUAAAACUUACUUGAUCCUUUGCCGGUGCGGUUAUUGAAUUUUGGUGGCACCGCCGUAAAGGCGCCUAGCUGUUCAUUAUGACAGAAAUCUCAGCACCACAACAAAUGGUGCUAGGUGCACUUCGACAAGCAGCUAGUCAAAAUGUGGAACUCCUACCUGAUGCUGAGAGCAAGCUAAGAGAAUGGGAGACUGAACCUGGAUUCUACUCCAUACUUCUGAAUAUUUUCACAAACCAUUCCAUUGAGGUUAACGUGCGCUGGCUCGCAGUACUUUAUUUCAAGAAUGGUGUGGAUCGUUUUUGGCGCAAAACUGCACCAAAUGCUAUAUCAGAAGAGGAGAAAGUUACUCUUCGCCGUGGCCUUGUGUCUAAUUUCCAUGAACCUGUAAACCAAGUUGCGACACAGAUAGCAGUACUUUUAGCCAAGAUAGCAAGGUUUGACUGUCCUCGUGAGUGGCCUGACUUGGUGCCAGUACUUCUAUCUGAAGCUAAGAGUCAAGUGCCUAUUGUCCAGCAACGUUCUCUUCUUUACUUGCAUCAUGUUAUAAAGUCACUUUCCUCAAAACGAUUAGCUGGUGACCGCAGACUUUUUCAAGAACUUACAGGAAAUGUGUUUGGUUUUGUUUUACAUCUUUGGAACACACAUCUAGAGCAAUUUUUACAAGAGGCAUCACAGGGGAAAGAGGAUAUGCUAAAUGCUUUAGAAAAAGCCCUAUUCUGUCUCCGAAUUUUACGUAAACUAGCGUUGUAUGGAUUCAAGAAGCCUCAUGAAUCAUCUGAAUGUUUCCUCUUUCUCAACAUGGUAUUUGACAGGGCUAAAACUAUGCUGGAAUGUCGAAAGACGCUGCUGCAGAAAAGGAUAGGUCCUGUUGAAACAGUAGAAAAAUUCAUUAUUCAUCUCUCUAAAGUUCUGAUGUCAGUUCUAGAACACCAUCCAUUUUCUUAUGUUGAACUUAUUCGACCCUCUUUGGAGGUUUGUGUAUAUUAUGCCUUUACACCAGCUGGUGAACCUUUACUGUUUGAAAGGUUUCUUAUACAUUGCCUGAAUAUAAUAAAGGGUAUUCUCAUGUGUGCUGAGUACAAACCUGCAAAAAUAGAGGAAGUGGAUGAUAUCCUGUCUGCCUCAGAAACAAAGGAGCCAGCCACACUGAAAGCACACCAGGUGAAGCAGGACUUCUUCACUGAAGAUACUUUACAUGAGAUGUGUCGUAAGCUUGUCUCUCACUACUUCCUCCUGACGCAAGAUGAUCUGCAGCUGUGGGACUCUGAUCCAGAAAGCUUUGCUACAGAUGAGGGUGGAGAAUCAUGGAAAUACAGCUUGAGGCCAUGUACAGAAGCACUUUUCCUUGCCUUAUUUCAUGAGUACAGAACAAUUCUUACACCAGUACUUCUUGACAUGAUACGAAGUAAUCAUGCUCUUGUUGAUCCGUCUGACUUGAAUGCAAUUCUGCGGAAAGAUGCUGUAUACAAUGCGGUUGGAAUUGCUGCUUUUGAUUUGUAUGAUGAAGUUAACUUUGACCAAUGGUUUUCAACAACACUUACGCAGGAGCUCGGAGUACGUGAUGGAAACUAUCGUAUCAUUAGGCGUCGAGUGGUAUGGUUGAUUGGUCAGUGGCUGAGUGUGAAACUAUCACCAGAACUGCGGCCUGCUUUGUAUGCCAACACAUUACCACUAUUACAAGCUGGGGAGGACAUAGCUGUCAGGCUAGCUGCUUCCAACACUUUGAAGCUUGCCAUAGAUGACUUUGAAUUCAUUUCUGAACAGUUCCUGCCUUUCCUUGAACCAGCCUUUUCACUACUGUUUGCAUUGCUUAAAGAAGUCCAUGAGUGUGAUACAAAGAUGCACGUUCUGUAUGUCCUGUCAUUUAUGGUGGAGCGUGUUGGUCUCUCCAUCCGGCCUCACGCUGGUGCUUUAGUGCAGUAUUUGCCGCUGUUGUGGGAAGAAUCCGCUGAUCAUAACAUGCUGCGCUGUGCCAUUGUGUCUACACUUGUGCAGCUAGUGAAGGCACUUGGCAGUGGAAGCGAAACUCUGCACCCAUUCUUGCUGCCUGUCAUUCAAAUGAGUACAGAUGUGCAACAAGAUUGCCAUGUAUAUCUCAUGGAAGACGGACUGGAACUAUGGUUGGCUGUCCUAGAGAAUACUGCUACAGCCAGUCCAGAUCUUCUGCAGCUUUUCAGGAAUAUGCCUCCUUUGCUUGAGAGCAGUUCAGAGAACCUGCGGACUUGUUACUACAUCAUACAAGCCAGUGUGCUGUUGGGUCCAGAGCAGUUCCUGAAGACAUAUGGUGAGGUAAUCAUCAACCUAUGCAAUGACAUGCUGGCUGAUAUGAGAUCUGAAGGUGUUAUCAUGACAAUGCGCUUGGUUGAAACUUGUCUAAGAGCUGCGCCAACUCUUUUCCCUGAGAUUUUGGAACCCAUGCUUCCACGAAUAUUUGAGGCCAUUUACCGAGGUGAAGACUAUCCUAUGGUAAUGUCUAUGUACCUCUCAAUCAUGGCAAGAGUGCUUCUGUGCUCACGUGAUGUUUUUAGCCAGGCAGUGACCAAAGUUGCUGAUUCAUUGAGGCAAUCACAAGAGGCAGUUCUAGACAAAAUGUUGGAUGUGUGGCUGGACAAAAUGGCACUAGUUACCCAACUGGAGCGUAGGAAGCUCUUGGGCCUGGCACUGGCGUCUUUGCUUACUGCAGGUUCUAGGUCAGUGCUUGACAGGUUCUGUGGUGUUCUGUUAAACAUAACAGAAGCCCUAAAUGAUGUUAUGAAAGUUGAAGAUACGGGUAGACAAGUUGACUCUUUACUGCUGUCGGAGCAAUCGAGCCCUACCCCAAUUAUUCAAGAUGAUGAUGUGGACUAUGAAUCUGAACAUGACCAUCGACGCAAGCAGUUGGCAGCCCAUGACCCUGUGCAUACUGUCUCACUCAGGGACUACUUCCAGAUGCAGCUGACAGAACUGACACGCCAAAUUGGGUCAGCGCAAAUGGAGCAACUGAAACAUACUGUUGAUGUAGAGACAAUGGAGCAAGCUCUGGAGUACAUCUCACUGUAAGACUGAUUAUGGAAGGUGAAGGCUACAAGAAGGUGGACCUGACGCAGGAGGUAGAUGACGGAACAAUCUGUCAAACCGCCCAGCUGACUGACCUCGCAUUUGGAAUGUUUUGUCAGAGGAUGUGUUGUUAUGCUAAUGUUAUGAAUACUCUUCUGAUGUUACUCUAUUUUUAUAUUUCACCAUCAUUGAUAUACCUUUGUUUGAGCUGUGAAAGUGUAAAACACUUUAAUAACAGUUUUUAUUUGUAAAAGUAACUUAUUCAGUCACAUCAGUGUACUGUGGUUUUCAUUCAACCUUUUCCCUUUAAUAUGUCAUUGUAUUUGAGACCUCAGUACAGUUAAUCAGUUCAGUAUACAAUUUACAUGGAAACGAAAUUCUUCAGGAAAGAAUUUUUUUAAAUAAUUAUGUAUAUUGCAUAUACAGCUACCAUUUUAGUUGAUAUUUAUUUCAAAUUUUUGUGUACUGUAUCUGGAAAAAGCCCCAUGCUUUGUGAGUGUGUAUAAAUAGUGUGAAUGGGCAGAAUUUUUGACAUAUAAGCAGUAAUUUGGCUGUUGUGAGAAAGUUUCACAAACUGACGUAGCUUACUUGAGUUUCAUCUGAAUGAAUUGUGCCUAAAUUUGUCAGCAAAGGAUAACUAUCUGCUAGUUUUUGAAAAUAUUAUUCGUCUGGCUGUUCUGAUUUGCUGGAUUUGAAAAUUACAGUUUUAUUAUUCACACUGAAAAUAUUAUUACAGUGUGUCUUUCUGAUAGUUGUAAAAAUUGUAUUCAGUUUCUCAUCAACAGCAAUAUAUUUCAUGAUGAGUUACAGUUAGUGUUUGUUACAUUUGAAUAAUCCACUAACUUUUUGUAUAUGUUUGAACAGUAUUUUCUGAAUAAUGCUUGUCAUAAUUAUGGACAUAUAACACCUGUAAAUUAUAAACAUAUUUCUAUUGUUAUUUUGUCAUAUUCCUUGUUAUUGUUGUAAGCUGUAAAAUAUUUUAUGUAUUGUGAGACCAGCAUAAUACAUAUGAAAGUAACAUUUUCUGAAGCAGUAUGAGAGACAUUAAAGUACUGCUAUAGUCUCUAAAUAUUUCUUUGUGUUUGAGCCACACCACUGCCAUAAAAGAAAACAUACCAGCUGGUUACUGGCAUGCCUGAAAAGUGUAGUGGCAUUGCUGAAACAUCACAUUACUUGUUAAUUAAUGAAAUUAAUCUACUGGUGCUACAAUAUUGGUGAAAUGGGAGUGAAGUGAACAAAAAUAUUUAUGGUGCUUUUUAUAUUAGACAAUAUGCAAGAUAAAUUGUUAUAAAAAAAAACUGUAGGCUGAAGUUUUAAGACUCUGCAGUAGUGUCACCCCUUUACACAUGGAUUAUGUCCAAAUACUUCUGCAAGAAAGAGAAAUUUAGAUACCUUAGAUUACAUUUUCUUACUUUGAAGUUGACCAUUACCAAUUCCUAGUUUACAGAAAUAGAUCAAUCUGUCAGCCAUAUACAGGCGGAGGUCAAAAGAAACAAAAAAAAAAUUAAAAAUACAAUAUGCAAUAUUGAUAUCCAGCCCAGUAGUUUCCAUAAAAAAAAGAGUAUAAUAGUUCAUAAAUUGAACUAUUAAACCCUUUAUUGAAGGACUUUUUCAUGGCAAAUUCUGACAUUCAAAAUUUUACUGUCAACACAAUAGUUGGAGGUAACUCCAUUCAGCCCUCCUUUUAAUUUAAUGUACGUAAAAAUUUAAGAAAGGUAUGGAUUUUAGUAAACAGAAAGCCUCUGAUUUACAUUCAUAAGCAGUUGAAUUACACUCUCCUAGGUAGUAGCAUCAUUCUGGGACAAAAAAAAAAUCCGGGAGAGGUGC